UGCUUGAAUCUGAAUACCCUCCCUCUACUCAACCAGACUGCACUUACAACAUAUCCACUUUCUACGCUUUUGUACCACCUACACAUCAUGUCAGCUUCUGCGGGACAUAGGAUGAAGAAGACCCAUGUUCUUGACUUCUUUCGUGACAAGAAUGAUGACUCUGCAUUGACUGUCUUGGCCAAUGGAGUUCGUUUUCAUGCCUUUGUGAACUACAAGAAGCUCAAGGCUUCUCCAGACGGAGAUAACAAGGCCACAGAAGAAUACACCGAUCUGAUACUAGCUGCGAAGGAUCGCAAGCAACCGAAGGAAUCUCACUCUACCUUGGACAAAUCUGGUACAGACAAAGACGCUGACACAGUUUACUGUAUAUGUCGAGGACCGGACAGAGGCUUUAUGAUCGGGUGCGAUAGUUGCGACGAAUGGUUCCAUGGCGAUUGCGUUGGCGUAUCGAAAGAGGAGGGAGCAUCAAUGGACGAAUACACAUGCCCCGAGUGCCGCAAGGUUACCAGGAGUCCCACUGUGGCGUCACGGGACAGUGGAGUCGUCCUAGAGGACAACGACAAGGCAGAGAGUGAGCCUGAGGAGGCACUUCAGGCUUGGAUGGUCUCGCAUCUGGAAGCCGAGAUCGACAAACACGCACCUUCGCGGAACGAGAUGCAAACCACGAACGUGUACGAUUGGUAUCACCCAUCGACACACUUCUACUCCCUGCAGUACGACAAUGGCAAAUUUGCGCCAGUCGAAGUGGAGUCAUCGCCCGCUCUUCGAUUCAAGAUGGACAAUCUCCUUCCCAACGUCAAUCUCCCGAAGUACGUUCUGAAGCUCGAUAUCCCUUGGUUACAGGCUUCGGACUUGGAAGUUGUCGAAGACUUUGGUCCUCUGCCCACACUGGUCCGUCACAACGACAAUCUCUACUUCCUCAAAGUCGUCGACCCUUCUCAACCCGCGCCAACGAAACGCGAGCUAAAGAUCAUGAAAGAUAUCGAGAGGCUGGGUCUCCCCAAGGAGAUUCGGGUGCCCCAAGUGCAUGGGCUAGUGUCGUUUACAAACUCCAAGACUGAUAUGAUGGGAUUCUUGCAGACACACAUCGAAGGCGCUGAACCGCUCACUCAUCUCCUCGACUCUGACGUCCCGCAGUCCAAGCGCGAUCGUUGGGCGUCCGAGUCUGAGAAGAUGAUCGCACUCCUACAUGAGAACGACAUCAUCUGGGGUGAUGCCAAAGCUGACAACUUCAUGGUGGACAAGGACGACAAGCUUUGGAUCAUCGAUUUUGGUGGCAGUUACACAGAGGGCUGGGUAGAUGCAGAGCUGAACGAGACGGUGGAGGGAGAUGACAUGGGAACGAGGAAGAUUGUCAAUGCAUUGCAUGACCCAGAUGCGAACACAUUUGAUCUUGACGAUAGCACGGAGGCAGAGGACAAAGAUGUCAAGCGUAAACGCUCACGAACGGUCGACGACGAGAGAGACUUCGCCGACAAGAGAACGAGAGUCGAGUGAAGGCGAGUCUAGCUUGACUGUCAGAAGUGCUUAAUUCAUUAAUCCUGUAAAGUCCACAUAGCUCCAAUGAGAUGUCUAGAGACGG